AAUAGCAAUGUCCUUCGACUCGAUACUGGAAAAUGGCGAUCUGCGAGGUUGUUUGAAGCUUAAUUUCGAUAAACACACUCACGGACUCGCAACUCGUUGGUUAAAUGUGCCCUGAAAAUCAUGUGACCUGGACUGUGUGCGAUGGCGAGCAAAGAGAUAAUCGGCCAUCAGCAGCAGUUCGUUGAGGAAAUCGAUUAUAAUGAAAUCAAAACUGAGCAGGUAGUAGGCAAAGGUUCCUUUGGAGUCGUCUGGAAAGGACGGUGGAGAGGACAAGAUGUCGCUGUGAAACACAUAAAUUCGGAAGGAGAAAGAAAAGCCUUCACCGUGGAAGUUCGACAACUAUCCAGAGUUGCCCAUCCCAAUAUUGUUAAACUGUACGGUGCGUGUACCAAAAAUCCAGUAUGCUUGGUUAUGGAGUAUGCAGAAGGUGGAUCAUUGUAUAAUGUACUGCAUUGUAAUCCGCAACCGCAUUAUACUACUAGUCAUGCUAUGAGUUGGACUCUUCAGUGUGCACGCGGAGUUGCGUAUCUUCAUAAUAUGAAACCAAAACCAUUGAUACACAGAGAUCUAAAGCCACCUAAUCUGUUAUUAAUUAUGGGUGGACAGAUGCUUAAGAUCUGUGAUUUUGGCACAGCCUGUGAUUUACACACAUACAUGACUAAUAAUAAAGGGUCAGCCGCAUGGAUGGCACCAGAAGUAUUUGAAGGAUCUAAAUAUACGGAGAAGUGUGAUGUAUUUAGUUGGGGUAUUAUUUUGUGGGAAGUUUUAGCACGUCAAAAGCCCUUUGAUGACCUUGCGCCAUUGGGCGUUUCAGCCUUUAGGAUAAUGUGGGCUGUUCAUGUAGGACAAAGGCCUCCUUUAAUAGAAGGAUGCCCGAAACCAAUCGAAGAUCUUAUGACCAGAUGUUGGCAGAAAAUACCUGAGGAAAGACCUUCCAUGGACGAGGUAGUAAGGAUAAUGACCAAGCUAUCAGAAUUUUUCAAUCCCCAUUUAGAACCUAUUGAAUAUUCUUUAAGUAGCGAAGCUGAUAAUAUAGAUGAGAAUGAUGCAUCGAGGGAAGAUACAUUAGAUAUAGCCAGUACAUUAGAUUCUGGGAUGAAUGGUUCCGUUGCAAACGGUACUAUUUGUACAAUUCCAAAGCCCUUAGAAAAAGCUAACAAAUGCUCUAAUAUAGAGAAAUCAUUGCCUUUUGAAUUAUAUCACGCAACGCCAUUCGGCGACAUGCCGAAAAGUUUCUCGCCACGACCAAAUAAUUUAGAGUUUCGACGAGUGCCUGACGAGUGUCCGAUAUCGAAUAAUCAUUUUCCUGGGAAUGUGGAUAGUAAUUUAGAACACGCCAAAUCGUCGAUCUCGCAAAAUGCAGCAAUACCGACGGCAUACGAUGACAAGUUCGCCGCGCUACAACGCACAAAUUGCAAUUUUGCUCCGUUACAUGUGGAGUGCGAUCCGCACUCUUGGGAUUUACCGAGCUCUUCUGAAACAUCUUGGGAAAUUCCAAAUAAUAUGGCCGGAUUAGAUAAAGUGGUACAGAAAACGAAGAAAAAUAUUCAAAGUAGCAGCACUACGAGCGAAGAUUUGGGUAACGUCUGUCGCCUGUUGGACGCCGACCUGAGACCUCUUACGCCCGAUGACACGUGCAAACGUUCGCGAGAGAUCUUCGAGGAGCACAAGCAGAUAGCGCAGGAGUAUCUCAAGGUGCAAACGGAGAUAGCGUUGUUGAGCCAGCACAAGAACGAGAUGUUGAAGAAUUUGAGUCUCGACAGUCUUAGACAACAGCAGGAGUUGCGAGAGCUCGAAGAUGAAAAGGAGUCAUUGCUGAAACUAUGUUACAACCUACAGCGGCAAUUGGAGAUCAUGAAGGAUCAGAGGAUCAAGGGAGCGUUGACGAAUGCCGCCGCUGCCGCCGCCGCUGCUGCCGCUGCCGCGCCAACGAUAGGACCCGCCGUUUCCGGAAACAACGGUUGGGUGGUGGUACCGCGUCCAGACCCGUCGAGGCUCUCCUGAGGUUUCACGUGUAUCCAAGGGUCUCGACAAGAAUGUACUUACAUGUCAUGUUCUGCGAUCGGCCGGCAAUGCGUGACACGAAUGGAAUCAUACACAUUGUAAUUCCAAUUCAAUCUUACGCGAAUACAAAUCGCGUCGCUUACUACCGAUAAAGUCAUGGCUACGCGAAUCUGUAUGAUUAUCUAGCGAAAAGCGAUCUGACUUUGUCACUGGACUGGGUAUCCAGACACGACGAAUGGAGACUGUGUAAUUGACUUCCGAUCUUGCAUGGUACAUCUGAAGGCGUGGUAUCAGAUACACAUUUAUAAUAUUCAGGUACGGCUUUCAUUAGAUUUUUGUUACAGAAUUUCACACUCACAUCUUUUUUUUUUUGUCAUCUUGCCAAUGCGCGUUCCCCUCGCGAUGCGAGAUUGAUUAAUACGACAGCAGGGUUUUUCAGCAUAGGGUUUUCCUAUAACUGGUAACAAUAUCUUUGAAAAUGUGUAAUGGAAGAUUAUUCUCGAUUUCGAAAGUUUUGGAAAUAUCUUUGAUAAUAAACCUUGCAAUCUAGUCGCUUUGACAAUAAUAUAAUUUGUCAAACUCUUUGUUUAUAUUUGACGUAUAAAGAAUGCUAUAUAAUUUUUAUUAAAAUUUUUAUUCAAACUAUCAUAUUGCCUAUCGGUCGAAAGCGUUUUAUGCAUUUUCUCGAUUUGAUAUAAUAAAACGUAUUGAAUGCACAAAAAGAAUAUUGCAAAUCGAACAAUGAUCAAUGAAUAUGGAUGCGCAAUCAUUUAGAUUAUAUUUCAAUUUUAUUUCUAUAUAUGAUAUAUGUGGUACAUAUAUAUUCGAUUGAAUUGAUCGUGUAUCAGAGAUAUAAUCUGUAUACGACUAUGGAGUUAUUACUUUUAGCCAAUCGUGUUGCAAGAAACGGAUUAAAAUUCGUUUUUCUUAUCGCUUUGUGCGACUUUUUUUCUAUUUUUUUUUCUUGUGAAUAACUGCUUUAUAUUUCAUUGAAAUGCGAGAUUAACAUUUUUCGCAA